GCAGCGCGAGCAUCCCAGAACGGGGGGAGAAAGAGGCGACGCGGAUAGGAUGUCGUGUGCGCCGUUAAACAGCCUAUUAUUAUCUCAUCUACAAAACAGGCACAACAACACAAAUAGAUAUAAGAAAACCGACUAUAGCGCCAGAGUAUAGAGUAGAGAUAAAUCGUGUCCUCAACGCCACCGGAUUGAGCUCGUCAAUCAAAACAGCGGAUGGGGAGCCCGUGAGGCUUAGGCAUUAGGAGCAGCAACUAAUCCCGUGAACAUACAAAAAAAAAAAAAUAAAAACAACGCAGAACAGAUCAUAAUUAUGCGUCGAUGCUGAACAUGAAGACUUUCAGGAUCUAACAAAAGAGAAGUGUGCCGAUUCGGUCGAACCGAGCUUUCUGUGGUAUGUUCAAUCAGCUGAAUUUAAAUUUUAUAUUGAAAUGGGAGCUUUGACAAGUAGACAGAAUGCAGGAGUGGAGGAGGUCGACAUACCGUCCAAUUCAGUAUACAGAUACCCACCGAAGACCGGAAGUUACUUCGCCAGCCACUUCAUCAUGGGCGGAGAGAAGUUCGAGUCAACCCACCCGGAGGGCUACCUCUUUGGGGAGAACACAGACCUCAACUUCCUGGGAACCCGGCCAGUAGCGUUCCCCUAUGCCACCCCUCCCCCACACGAACCAGUCAAGACUCUACGCAGCCUCAUCAACAUCCGCAAGGACACACUACGCCUCGUCAGAUGUAACGAAAACCUGAAGCUACCUGGGGGUGAGGUGGAAAAAGGCCGCUGCUGCUACAACAUCGAGUUCACCUUUGACGCAGACACACAGGUGGCCAUCACAAUCUACUACCAGGCCAUCGAGGAGUACCACAACGGGGUGCCCAUCAGAUACCUCCCUCAGGACAGCUCCCUGCAGUCAGAGACGGUGCACUUCAAACGGGGCGUCUGCCAGCAGUUCUGCCUUCCCUCACACUCCGUCAACCUGUCCGAGUGGGCCGACGAGGAGCUCCUGUUUGACAUGGAUAAGGACGUGUACCCCAUGGUGGUGCAGGCCGUCGUGGACGAGGGGGACGACCACAUGGGGCAUUCUCAUGUACUGCUGGCAACCUUCGAAAAGCACAUGGAUGGUAGCUACUGCGUGAAGCCUCUGAAACAAAAACAAGUGGUGGAUGGAGUCAGUUACCUCCUGCAGGAGAUCUAUGGCAUAGAAAACAAAUACAACAGCCAGGAGUCUAAGGUAGCAGACGACGAGAUCAGCGACAACAGCGCGGAGUGUGUGGUGUGUCUGUCGGACGUGCGUGACACACUCAUCCUGCCCUGCAGACACCUGUGCCUGUGUAACGCUUGUGCAGACACACUCCGCUACCAGGCCAACUGCUGCCCCAUCUGCAGACUUCCGUUCCGAGCGCUGCUGCAGAUCCGUGCCAUGAGGAAGAAGCAGAGCCCGCUCUCUCCAGCCGGAUACAACUCCGUCAUCACCUCCCAGACAUCCGACUCGGAGGAGCACUCUACGUCGGAGCACAUCCCGCCCGGGUACGAGACGGUGUCUCUGCUGGAGGCGCUGAACGGGCCGCUGAACCCCGGCCGCUCCACGGCGCCCCAGCAGGGCAUGACGGGUGGCCACGUCUCGGGGGCGCUGCCCUCCGCGGGCACCGAGAGCCGCCAGUCCCUGCCCGCUCACGCCUGCCCCCCGCAGGAGCACUGCAGCAGCGCAGGACAGGUCCUCAAGCUGAAGAAGAGCAGCUCAAAGUCCUUAUCCCAGAACUCCUCAGUGCUUCCUGAAGAGGAUGAGAAGUCCUGCAGUGAAUCAGAUGUGCAGGGUGCUCAGCGCAAAGUGCCUGCAGACCAGCAGGAGGGUGUGACUCCUGACAGUGAUAACCUCACGCUGUCGUCUUCGGGAGCAGUGGACCAGUCGUCCUGCACAGGGACCCCCCUCUCCUCCACCAUCGCCUCUCCUGAGGAGCCGGUGAGCAGUAGUCUAGCCCAGUCGGUGAUGUCCAUGGCGUCGUCCCAGUCCCAGCAGUCGCAGCUGAGCACGGACACACUCUCCUCCAUGUCCGGCUCCUACCAGGCCGCUGCAGAGGCCGACGACGCCCCAGACACACCCAUGGAGAGCAGAGGACCCUCCCAGCAGGACGGAGAGGAGCUGCCCAGUGAAUCCAAAGAGCAAAACAUGGCUGCUGCUGCCGCUGAAGAGCAGGAACAAGACUCUGAGGGUAACGAGAUGACAGAAGAGGACUGUCCCUCUCCCACUAAAGACCAAGGUGGGCUCGGGACGAGCAAGGCGCCGCCUUGUGGCGAGUUUGAGAAUAACAAUCAGGGCCCGUCCGACUCGCUCUGCCUCACAGGGCUGGACAAUGAGCAGCCCCCUGACGCCCGAUUCGCCGGUUUGUUUUAUCUUGGAGCAUUCCGCCAUGGCCUUGACACAUUCUCUCACCAUGGCAACGAGUCGUUCCCUCUCCAUGGCAACCAGAUGUUUCCUCACCAUGCCUCCACUAGCAACAUCAACCUGGAGGAGAGGGGCGCGGUCAUGCCUAACACCGCCCCCAAAAGCACCCCCUGCACCCCUCGUGCCUCCCGCACCAACCGAAACCCCCACCACGGCCCCUACGCCAUCUGAGCUGUGCCCCCAUCACCCCAUCCGUCCCUCUUGAGCACUAAACAUACCUACGUCAUCUGCUUUCCAAGUUCUCACCUGAACCAUGUCUCUCUUGCCCACAACAUGAGCCCUACACUAUGUGAUAAACAGUGGAGCGUAUGAAAAUGCCCCCCCCCCCC